UUAGUCAAAUCUCCACCGUUCAUGGAUCCUCCUCCCCUUUACCCUCCUGCCACCACCACAACCUCCACUACGCCGACCAGUAUGCACCUGAACUAUCCUGACUCCGUCGAGUCCUCUCCUCGGUCCCAUACUGCUGAAAUAUUCAACGAGCCACUCCCACCAGUUCCCGGUGCCAAACUCCGCCUAAUGUGCAGCUAUGGCGGUCACAUUAUCCCUCGCCCACACGACAAAUCCCUCUGCUACGUAGGCGGCGACACAAGAAUGGUAGUCGUUGACCGCCACACAUCUCUCUCUUCGUUAACCUCUCGCCUUUCCCGUACUCUUCUUGACGGACGUCCUUUCUCUCUAAAAUACCAACUUCCACAUGAAGACCUCGACUCUUUAGUAUCGGUUACUACAGAUGAAGAUCUUGAUAAUAUGGUUGAAGAAUAUGAUCGUAUAACUUCUUCUUGUUCAUCAGCUUCAGCUCCUAAUUCUCGUAUUCGCUUGUUCAUUUUCUUUACAAAGCCUGAAACCGCAGCUUCAAUGGGUUCACUACUUGAUGAUGCCAAAUCAGAAACAUGGUUUGUUGACGCGCUUAACAAUACUUGUUUAAUUUCAAGAAAUCUCUCCGACUCUGCUACCAUUGAUUGCUUAGUCAAUCUUGAUAAUAAUCACCGCAAUCAUGAUUUGGAAGCGCAACUGGAAAGUAAUAGCGAUUUACAAGAAGCUAUGCUGAAUGAAAUGACCAUUCCUCGUGUUAAUGAAAUUCCAGUAGUACAACAUGAACUGCCUGACUCACCUAUGGUGGAAAAUGGUUCCUCAUCUUCUUCAUCUCCUUCAAUGUCGAAUCUUCCACCUAUUCGUGUUCGAGUGGAAGAUUCUCUUCAUAAAGCGGGAAUAGAAGAACAAUUUGCAAGGAUGACUUUUGCGCAAGUUUUGCAGAAGCAAGAUGAUGGGUAUGGUGGUGGUCUUAUGUCUGCUGCUCCUCCUCCACUUCCUACUACUGUUGCCGUGGUUGGGACGGUGGCAUCGAUUAAUCCGGCGGGUGGUUCUAGUGAGCAUUUAAAUAGGGUUUUAUCUGACGAUGAUAGAUCAGAUCAGGGCACUGUGCCUGUUACAUUUCGCAAACCACCAUUGCCAUUAUUGCAGACCGUACAACACAAGGCUGUUGGUGCCUCUAGCUAUAAUCUGCCUUCGCCAGAUUCGGUUGCAAGCGAUACAAGCAUAGCAUCAGCUAAUUCUUUCACAAAGCCUACGCAUCAUCAAGAACAAGCUCAAGUUGGAUUAGGAGAAAACAGAAGUGCUAUCAGUCCAGACACAAGAUUAGACAUUUCAGUUCCGAUAACCUCUCAAAUCCAAAUCCAACAAGCUCAAAACGCCAGCUACACAUCGCUAGCUCAAUUUGAUCAGCAACAACAUUUAGUACACAACCCCAACUCCCAUUUUAUCCCACAGGCAGCAACAACACCAUUACCAAUGUCAUCUUACUAUCCAGUUUACGCUCCUCCUCCGCCGCAACCAAUUGAUCACCAGCAACAGUACCCUGUUUAUAUAAUGCCCAUAUCACAAACGCAACCAUACAUGUCCAUGCAGUCUAAUAUUAUAGGUACAGCAACAACUUCUGCUACUGUAACAAGUAACAGAAUUGCUGCAUCUGCAGCUCAUCCGCCGUUGUAUCCCACAAAAGCUGCAGUUGCUACGGUGGCUAAGCCUGAAAUGGCUGCAGGAGUUUAUAGGACUGCGGUUACAUCGACCCCACCAUUAGUUCCUGCUCAGCAACAAUAUGUGGGCUAUGCUCCAUCGCAAUCAAUUGCUGUCGCUGCUAAUUAUGGUUUUGAAUAUGGUAAAGCUACAGCUGAUCAAAUGUAUUACAAUCAGAUUCAAGCUGCUUCUCAAUACCAAACUAUGAACCCAGCUGCUGCUGUUGCGCUAGCAGAUGCUUCAAAUCAGUUGCCAAUAACAAGCAAUACCAUGCACCCAAUUGGAACCUCACAGCCACUGAAUUAAUACUAUUAUUAUUUAAUU